UCGGCCUGACACAUCAACACCACACCGACAUGUUCCACUACCUCGCCGCCAUCCUCCCAUUACUCUUAUUCUUCUCCGAUCCCAUAAUACGCUUGUUCUCUGCCGCCCCACCGCAAAUCCGGCGUCUCCCGCGGCCCCAGCUCAACCCGGAUCUCUUGGCGCUCGAGGACGGCAGCAUAAAUUACACAUGCCCGGCAAGCGGGUACACGGUGCACAUCUAUUCCCGGGCGCCGCUCGUCCUGUACAUAGAGAACUUCCUUUCCCCUUCGGAGCGGGACCACCUGCUAGAGAUCAGCGAACCGCUCUACCAGCCGUCCACAGUGACGCACAACGGCGGGGCAACGAGCGAGCACGCGCCGGCAAUCCGCGACUCGCAGGUGGCGGUGGUGCCGCGGACGGAGGGGGUGCGGUGCGUCGAGGACCGCGCGCGCGCGCUGCAAGGGUGGCGCAGCCAGGUAUGGAUCGAGCGGCUGCGCGUGCAGCGCUACGCCGCGGGCGGCCACUACGCCCACCACUUUGACUGGAGCAGUGGGCGCGGCGGGUGGGGGAGGGUGUCUAGCUUCAUGGUAUGGGUUGAUGCCAAAGGUGAAGGUGAAGAAGGUGGAGGUGAAGGUGCAGACGGUGGUGGUGAUGGGUUGGAAGGGGGCGGGACUGAGUUUCCGCUGUUAAAGAGGGCAAGGGAUGCAAGGUGGUGUGCGUUUGUUGAGUGUGCAGAUGAUGAAUGGAGUGGUGGUGGUGAUGAUGCUGAAGCGGGCAAUGGGACGGUUUUCAAGCCUGUGCCUGGCAACGCGGUGUAUUGGGAGAAUUUCAGGGCCGAUACGACGGGGAGAGGGUAUGAGGAAACGUGGCAUGCUGGGCUGCCCGUCAAGAAAGGGGUCAAGGUGGGCUUGAAUAUAUGGAGUUGGGGCUGGAUUGAGUAGGUGAUAAGGCUCUUGGUCGUUGAUGAUGAUCAGGAUUCAGGACAAAGUGAACAUUUGCGGUCUGUUAGGUGGUUCCGUAUUUUUCGAUCUUGAUAGAUACAGUAAUCUAACUCCGAGGCCGACCGAGCCGGCCCGGAACUCCGACCGGCCUGCAAAAGGUUAAGUUUCGUGAUCCAUAAAAGAUGUGACACCCCUUGGCGCUUGGAAUCUCAUCCCCUUGGCCACAUAAUUGACCAUUUGUUUUGAUGAGGCUUUGUCAG